AUUCUUCCUUUCUGCGGUUUUUUUCCUUUCAAAUUGAAUAGUAGUUGAGGAAAUUAUAUUGGUUAAUUGUUUGCAUUGAGUAUAGAAAUGGAAGAAAUUAAUGCUUAGGGUUAAGGUGGUCGUUUUUAUCUAAUUCUCGACUGAUUCUGCGUAAUUUUGCUGUAGAUUGAAGUUCAUUUUAAGCCCCUUUUAGGUUGUGGUUAAGGAAAAUUAAGAACUACUGGGAAAUGAUUUCUUGUACCAAAGUUGCUUUAUAUUAGACUAAAAUGUGAUAUCCAAUCCAGAUAUUAAUUUGAUCGAUGAAUUAGUCAUAUUGCCAUAGAAAUUGUAUGCAGGAGAAUGGAUUUUCAGUGAAAUGAAAAAUACGCAUAUGUGAAAUCAUAGCCAUGGACCAUCACCCUAAUUGAAAUUUGCUGCACCAGACUGAUCUUUUGCGCGUUGUUGGCAUAGCAAGUGUAAAAUAAUCGGAUAUGGCUAGUAGUAUCACGGCUCCGAUGCUAGCACUCCCUUCAUCUUCUGCCAAAAAGCACAAAAGUUUCGUUCCUAGCCCGAGGCAGUACCAGCCUAUACGAGCAAUGAAGGUGGAGAAGCCAUUGGAGGAGCUCUACAACGUAAAGGUAGAGAGGAAGGUCUCAAAGGAGCGCUUGGCAGAGCUCGGUGUCUCGAGAUGGUCUGUGUGGAAGACGGGCAAGUGCCAGCUCCCAUGGGACUGGCAGGUCGAUCAGCUCGUUUAUAUCGAGGAAGGGGAAGUGAGAGUGGUGCCGGACGGGAGCAAGCGCUACAUGAGCUUUGUUGCGGGCGACCUCGUUCGCUACCCAAAGUGGUUUGAAGCUGAUCUCUUCUUCAAUGACUUCUAUCAAGAACGGUAUAGCUUUAGAGCAUAUGGCGAUGAUUAGCAGAUGAUGAUCUUGAUCCUAUGUUGUAUGUUCAGAAGAAAAUUGUUGGAUUUUGAGUUAAAUUUAUGAUAUGAAUGUUGAAGAUA